UAUCGCAAUAACAAUAAUUAUUCUAACAAUUGUAUUGUGUAUAUCACGAAGAUGAAAUCAUAACUAAAAUUAUGUUAAAAUUAAAGUCCUGAAGAUGGCAUCUUAGAGUUUUACAAAAUGGAGUAAGUUAUUCUAUUAUUUACUAUGUCAAUCAAUUACUGUCUGUCAUCCUUUUUCAUUAAAUCUAUUCUUUUAAUUCCUGAAAGCGGACCGGAUUUGGCUGGCAAUGAAAGGAUGAGAAAAAAAGUGAAUUGUAUCUCUCACCGAUUAGAAGGGCACGCUAUUGCUUUCUUUUCAAGACUCGAUCUCUAACUCUUAAUUAUCCGAACUAAUUAUGACUAAGGUCUCGAUCCAUCGGAACAUCUCGCUAGGUCCUUGUAGCAAAGGGUGGGAUGAGUCUGCGGUCUGGUGGGGACCAUUUCUAUAUAAUCGACGGUGAAGGUGCCUGUCUCUUCAUAUCCUAUCAGUGACCACGUUUCUUUAACCGCCGUCUUCCAAAUCUAUUUUUUCAAGAGACAAGUGAUACAAGAUGAUGCUGGUGCCGCUGGCCAUAGUGCUCCUCGCGGCGUUCGCCAACGCCGAGCCGGCGAUCAAUGAAGCUCGACCGCACAGUAACCGACCUGGAAGAUUCUUGUCUCUUCCGAUACCGCAAAAGUGCGCAAAUCGGCCGAAGCAGUUUAACUUCCGAGGGCACAACUAUUUCUACAGCGGGCACGUGCCGGCUCAUGCCAAUCAAAAAGUGGAUUGGUUAGACGCUAGAAACAUUUGCAGGGAGUACUGCAUGGAUCUCAUCUCGAUGGAAACUCAAGAAGAGAAUAACAUGAUCUUUAGGCUCAUUCAGCAGAAUGAUGUUCCUUACAUCUGGACGUCUGGACGUCUCUGCGACUUCAAGGGCUGCGAAAAUCGACGUGAUCUCGAGCCCAAGUCCCUGUACGGUUGGUUCUGGUCGGCGAAUCGCGAGAAGAUGGCACCCACCAACCUAGUGCCGAAUGGUUGGGGCUUCAAUCCAUGGUCGCAGACCGGCCACAAGAAGGUCAAGCAGCCAGACAACGCCGAGUAUGACAUCAACGGCACCAAUGAGUCCUGCAUGUCCGUCCUGAACAACGUCUACAAUGACGGUAUCGCCUGGCAUGAUGUCGCGUGUUACCAUGAGAAACCAUUCGUCUGCGAGGACUCCGAGGAGUUGCUCAACUAUGUGGCCAGCACCAACCGCGGUAUUCGCCUCUAAAGCGAUCGCGGUCAGCCGACACCUACGUGGUGAUCACACGAUCGUCCAUCAGCGUCAUAUCAGCACACACAUUCCUUCUAUACUUCCCGUCGCGGAACCGACAAGACACGUGCCAACUAGAAACACGGGAUUUCCACGUGGCGAUUCUUGAUUUUUGGAUGAUCACAGAAAAUCCAUUGCACAUUAAAAUUAUAAUUUACAAACAAUAUCUUUUCAUAAUUACAUUUUGCGAUAAAAUACGCUUUGAUCAGUAUUUUAAUCGAAUAUCAUUCAAAAUAAGAGCUCACUAGAAUUGGAAUUUUGUAAUUUGUUAUUCUGGUUGUUUAAAAACCAAUUUACACAACAUUACCUUUUAUAUUAAUUUCUAUAAUUAUGUUAAACUUUUGUCUUUGAUUCUGUACCAAUUUUUUCAUUUUAUGCGAACAAAUCAUUCGAUUGAUAUGAUUGAAAAAGUAAAAACUGUAAGCUAUUUAGAAUAUUAUGCACUUACGAUAUCAAGAAUUUGUUUAAUAUACAUUCUAUUCUAAUAAUUAUAAUAAAACGGAAUAUUUUUAACGUAUCAUUGUAUGAAAGUAAACUUAUGUAUUUACUGGAAGUGUACUUCUGAAAAGUUUAUGAUGUUAAAAAAUAUAUUGCUAGAUUAUUAAUUAAUUAAAUAAACGUGUCUCGUCGCUGCAUUCUUUCUGCACUCAUUAAAGAAACUCAACAAUAAUUUUAUACAUUGUUUAAUUUGUAAUCACAGUAUCCGCUGAAGAGAGUAAUUAAUUGUGUACAUGUAUUUAUUGAUAUAAAUUUGGCUGGCAGUCUCUGUAUGUACAUUUAUGAAUAAACGUUAAUCUUACAUAAA